GGCGUGGGAGCGUUGAGGCGGCUCCGCCCCGGUGCGGCGGAGAGCCCGGCUGUGAGCGCGGGGGGGCGACGCGGGGUGGUGAGGAGAGCCGGUGCGUCCGGGCGGCGGCGGGGAGCCGUGCGGGGCCCGUGCGAGCGGCGGCGGCUGCUUGGGCGGCGGCGAUGGGCGUGAGUUGGUGUUCCGUGUUGCGGGUGGUGGUGGUGGUGCAGGCGGCGUGGUCGCUGGUCGCUGAUCAGGUGCGGUACUCGGUGCCGGAGGAAGCCAAGGCCGGGACGGUGGUGGGUCGUCUGUUGCAGGACCUGGGCCUGGAGGCGGGCGAAGCGGAGUCGCGGCGCCUGCGUCUGGUGUCGCAGGGCCGUCGUGCGAGCGUGGAGGUGAGCGGGGCGAGCGGGGCGCUGGUGGUGAGCUCGCGUCUGGACCGGGAGGAGCUGUGCGGGAAGAGCGCGCCGUGCGCCCUGCGCCUGGAGGUGCUGGUGGAGCGGCCGCUGCGCGUCUUCCACGUGGAGCUGGAGGUGACCGACAUCAACGACAACGCCCCGCUCUUCCCCGCCGCCCGCAAAAACCUCAGCAUCGCAGAAUUAACCACGCUGCCGGGGUCCCGGUUUCCACUGGAAGGCGCGUCGGAUGCAGAUGUCGGAGCGAACGCAGAGCUCUCCUAUACACUCAGUCCCAGCGAGCAUUUCCGUGUGGAUACACAAAAAUCGAAUGAGCGAAAUAUUGUACCAGAUCUUGUUUUAACGAAACCGCUGGACCGCGAGACUUUGCCUGUGCACCGUUUGGUGUUGACGGCGAGUGACGGUGGCCGUCCAUCGCUGACGGGCACGAUGGAGCUGUUGAUCUCGGUGCUGGACGCCAACGACAAUGCGCCCACGUUCAACCAGUCUGUGUAUAAAGUGCAGUUGCCGGAGAGCGCUGCAGAGGGGACGCUGGUGGUGCGUGUGAACGCCACGGAUCCGGACGAGGGAAUUAACAGCGAGGUGACCUACACGGCGACCAACUUUUUUCCACUGAGUGGAAGAGAUGUGAUCACCGUCAAUCCGCAGACGGGGGAGAUCCGUCUCUCGGGCGCCCUGGACUUUGAAGAAGUCAGUAUAUUUGAUUUCCGUAUUGAAGCGAGAGACAAAGGGACGCCCCCGCUGUCGGGCCACUGCAGCGUGGAGCUGGAGGUGUUGGACGUGAACGACAACGCGCCGGAGGUGUGGGUGACGUCGCUGUCGGUGCCGGUGUCGGAGGACGCGGCGGUGGGGACAGUGGUGGCGCUGCUGAGCGUGUCGGACCGGGACUCGGGGUCGAACGGGCGCGUGCGGUGCGCGGUGUGGCCGGCGUCGCCGUUCGGUCUGGUGUCGACGUUCGCGGGGUCGUACUCGCUGGUGCUGCGGGAGGCGCUGGACCGGGAGCGGGUGUCGGAGUACGAGGUGGAGGUGCGUGCGGAGGACGGCGGGUCGCCGCCGCUGCGCGCCAGUCGCGGGGUGCGUGUGCCGGUGUCGGACGUGAACGACAACGCGCCGGCGUUCGCGCAGGCGGUGUACACGGUGCUGGCGCGGGAGAACAACGCGGCGGGCGCGGAGCUGGCGCGCGUGUGGGCGCGGGACCCGGACGAGGCGGGCAACGGGCGCGUGAGCUACUCGGUGUGGGAGGGCGGUGUCGGGGGCGCGUCGUCGGGCGGGGGGUGGCGGUCGGCGUCGAGCUACGUGUCGGUGGACGCGGAGAGCGGGCGGCUGUGGGCGCUGCGGCCGUUGGACUACGAGGAGGUGCAGGUGCUGCAGUUCGAGGUGCGUGCGGUGGACGCGGGGGAGCCGUCGCUGUGCGGCAACGCCACGGUGCAGGUCUUCGUGGUGGACGAGAACGACAACGCGCCGGCGCUGCUGCCGGCGUCGGGCGGCGGCGCGUGGUCCGGGUCGUCGUCGGAGGCGGCGUCGGUGCCGGGGUCGGGGUCGGUGUGGGCGUGGGCGUCGUGGGGGACGCCGGCGGGGCAGGUGGUGGCGAAGAUCCGGGCGGUGGACGCGGACUCGGGCUACAACGCGUGGCUGCGCUACGAGCUGUGGGAGCCGCGGGGGAAGGGCCCGUUCCGCGUGGGGCUGUACAGCGGCGAGGUGAGCACGGCGCGGGCGCUGGAGGAGGCGGACGGCCCGCGGCAGCGGCUGGUGAUCGUGGUGCGUGACCACGGGGAGCCGUCGCUCUCGGCCACGGCCACGCUGAGCGUGUCGCUGGUGGAGGGCGGCGAGGCGGCGCUGGCGGCCGCGGGCUCGUCGUCGUCGUCGUCGUUGUCGGGGGUAGGGCUGCGUCCGGCGGAGGGCGGCGCGUCGGUGUCGUCGUCUGCGGCGACGAACGUGUGGCUGGUGGUGGCGAUCUGCGCGGUGUCGAGCCUGUUCCUGCUGGCGGUGGUGCUGUACGUGGCGUCGCGGUGGGCGCCGCGGGCGGCCGUGCUGUCGGGGCCCGGUGCGGCGACGCUGGUGUGCGCCAGCGAAGUGGGGAGCUGGUCGUACUCGCAGCGGCAGAGCCGGAGCCUGUGCGUGGCGGACGGCGCGGGCAAGAGCGACCUGAUGGUUUUCAGCCCCAACUUCCCGCCGCCGCCGCCGCCGGCGCCCGUCCCCGCGGCGAAGGAGACGCAUCCGGAGGCGCCCGCUCUCCUGGACACGGUCAGUGGCCCUCCCUUUCUCGCCUCUCGCCCCUUCUAA